GCGCAUGCGUGUCAAUUCGUGUCCCUUCUUUGCAUUAAAAGAGGAGCGAGUCUCCAGAUAAGAAUUAAAAAUUGAUACACAAAGCUGAAAAUCAAUUGACAGCUGCCGCUUUGAUACAUGGAGUCACACAAUACGUAGGCAGUCUUUUGGCGGAGCUGUACACUUCUCAAGUAGGUGAAUCGAGCUCGAAAACAAGGUGGAGUGAUAGAAAGGGAGGCUGUUUGUGUAGCUAGCUUGCUAGCUAGCUAGGCUAUAGGGUCUCUAACGAGCAGGACAAAACACUGAAGAAAAAUUAGACAAUCCCCCUUUCCUUGCGGAAAGGGCUACGGCUUCCCUCGCCCUGACAAGCCUGCCGUUAUGGCUCACCUCCGGGACUUGCGGAACCAGAACUCUCGCCUGGACCCAGAGGAGUACUUCACCAAGCUGGAACGCAUUGGGAAGGGCUCCUUCGGGGAGGUGUACAAGGGCAUCAACAACCGCACCAAGGAGGUGGUGGCCAUCAAGAUCAUCGACCUGGAGGAGGCGGAGGACGAGAUCGAGGACAUCCAGCAGGAGAUCACCGUGCUGAGCCAGUGCGACAGCCCCUUCGUCACCAAGUACUUCGGCUCCUUCCUCAAGGGGACCAAGCUAUGGAUCAUCAUGGAGUAUCUAGGAGGGGGCUCGGCCUUGGACCUGCUGAAGCCGGGGCCUCUGGAGGAGACGUAUAUCGCCACGAUCCUGAGGGAGAUCCUGAAGGGGCUGGACUACCUGCACUCUGAAAGGAAGAUCCACCGGGACAUCAAAGCAGCCAACGUACUCCUAUCAGAGCAGGGUGAUGUGAAACUGGCCGACUUCGGCGUGGCCGGGCAGCUGACGGACACUCAGAUCAAGAGGAACACAUUUGUGGGCACGCCCUUUUGGAUGGCCCCGGAGGUCAUCAAGCAGUCAGCAUACGACUUCAAGGCAGACAUCUGGUCCCUGGGAAUCACAGCCAUCGAGCUGGCGAAGGGAGAGCCCCCCAACUCGGACCUGCAUCCCAUGAGGGUCCUCUUCCUCAUUCCUAAGAACAAUCCGCCCACCCUCGAGGGCACUUACAGCAAGCCUUUCAAGGAGUUUGUGGAGGCCUGCCUCAACAAGGACCCUCGAUUUAGACCCACAGCCAAGGAGCUGCUGAAGCACAAGUUCAUCACCCGCUACACCAAGAAGACGUCCUACCUGGCAGAGCUCAUCGACAGAUAUCGCCGCUGGAAGUCAGAGGGCCACGGCGAGGAGUCCAGCUCCGACGACUCCGACAUGGAUGGUGAUGGGGACGACAGGGACCAGUGCCCCAUGUGGACCUUUCCCACAGUGCGGCCCACCUCCCUGAACAAACUGCAGAGGAGCUUCAACAAUUCAGAGUCAAAGAUGACAGAGGCAGUGAAGAGGCAACCCAAAUCUCAGUGUCUCUCAUCGCUGGUCACACCCAUCUUCAGAGAGCUAAAGGAGAAGCGGCAUGCUGGUGGCGGCAGCUUGGGCGCCAUCGAGGAGCUGGAGAACGCGUUCAGCCUUGCCGAGGAGUCCUGUCCGGGCAUCUCCGACCGCCUCGUCACACACAUGAUGGAGAGAGUGCGCAUGUUUUCACUAAACGGGAACACCGUGCCGUCAUCGCGGUGAGACUCGACGGCUGCCAUCCCCCCCGCCCCCACCCUGGGAAAACCAUCUGGACAAAGUUCCACCCGGUCCCAGGUGCUUCUGGCCCCCGAACCAGAGCUCCCCUGCUCACCACUCCCUUCCACUCCCCACAGAUCUUUUAAUUAGAGCUUACGAUCCAAUAUUUUUACACUUUUUCGUCAUAGAACUGUGAAUGUUUCAAAAAAUAUUCAGGGGCUGUGUAUAAACUAUGAGGCCAUGUCAUAUCCAAUAAACUCAAUGGAGGUGAAGGCA